CGUGGCAGUCUGUCAGGCUUCAGUUUUCUACCACUUGUGGAUCGCGUUAUCCCUUUUUACCAUGUUAUCCCUUUUUACCACGUUAUCCCUUUUCUCCGCGCUAUCGCCUUUCUCCACGUUCUCCCUUUGCUCCACGCUAUCCCUCUUCUCCACGCUAUCCCUUUUCUCCACUAUCCUAUCAAUCUCCCACCGCCGUAGCCACGACCAACAGCUGCAAUGGUAUGAUAAACCAUUACAUGCGCUUCACAAUACGGCGGAUGCUUCAUGCGGCCCGUCAUGCCCCUUCUCAGCCUGGGCUCUCUGCAAUUUCCCGCAUGUCCUCUACGCUCCAUUAGAAUCUGAGCGCCCAGGAAUCUGGAAAGCUGGGCUGUGCAGAGUGAUCAUUGCACUGAGGCUUACGUUCUGCCGGUUGUGUUAUAACUCAUGUAUAGUGUCACUGGAUCCGUUGGAGAGAUAGCACCCCGUUGUAGAGGGGCGGUAGGGCUGCGCCGAUGGACAGGGGAGGUCUGGAUUGCAGCGAGCGUCUCAACAAUAUGUUCACGGGUGCCGCUUACU